AAAUAAACAACCAAGGGAAUGCCCCCCGGCCCCUGCUUGCCUUUGCAGCCAUUUCUGGAAUGUACUUUCUUUCCAGUUCUUUUUUUUUUUUUUCUCUCUGUGGCAGGUUUUACUUAAAAAUAAUGCUGUUUAUUUAGCAUGUCUUGGAGACCCUCUUUUGAAGAAACCGUAGUCAUGAAUGGCUUUAACGUCCUGCUUCGCAGCAACCAAUUCAUCCUGCUGCUGCUAUUGCUCCUUCAGGUUCAGAGUCUGGGUCUGGAUAUUGAUAGUCGACCUGCUGCAGAAGUCUGUGCCACGCACGCCAUUUCACCAGGACCCAAAGGAAAAGAUGGUGAGAAAGGAGACACAGGAGAAGAAGGCAAGGAUGGCAAAGUGGGACGCAGGGGACCAAAAGGAGUUAAAGGAGACCUGGGUGAUAUGGGACCCCAGGGCAAUAUUGGCAAGUCUGGCCCCAUUGGCAAGAAAGGUGACAAAGGGGAAAAGGGUCUGCUUGGCAUUCCUGGAGAAAAAGGCAAGGCAGGCACCAUCUGCGACUGUGGGAGAUACCGGAAAGUGGUCGGACAACUGGAUAUUAGUGUCGCUCGCCUCAAGACAUCUAUGAAGUUCAUCAAGAAUGUUAUAGCAGGGAUCCGAGAAACUGAGGAGAAAUUUUACUACAUCGUGCAGGAGGAGAAGAACUACAGGGAAUCCCUGACCCACUGCAGGAUCCGGGGAGGGAUGCUAGCCAUGCCUAAGGACGAGGCUGUUAACACACUUAUUGCAGACUAUGUCGCCAAGAGCGGCUUCUUCCGAGUGUUCAUUGGGGUGAACGACCUUGAGAGGGAGGGACAGCACGUGUUCACUGACAACAGCCCACUGCAGAACUACAGCAACUGGAAGGAGGGGGAGCCCAGCGACCCCUAUGGCCAUGAGGACUGUGUGGAGAUGCUGAGCUCGGGCAGGUGGAAUGACACCGAGUGUCAUCUUACCAUGUAUUUUGUCUGUGAGUUUGUCAAAAAGAAAAGAUAACUUCCCUCACAUUAUGCAGCCACUCUUUUCCUAGACUUCCCAGCAUUUCUAUCCAUCUCUGCCUCCCUAACUACACUGCCUUGCUAAAACGACAUAAGAAUCCCUUAUCCACUAGCUUCUUCUUCUGUGUCAAUUCUGUACAUAAUGUUUGUUUGGGACAUUCUUGGGGAUCUUUGUCUUUUUCUUCUAUUUAGCCCUCUGAUUUAAUGAAGGAAGACUCUAGAACUCCAAAGGGGAAAGGGGGAGGGGGCUAUUCCUAAAGAGCAUGUGUUAGAUAGUCCUUUUGUGAAAUUGCCCCUUGCUAUUAAUGGCUCCAUCUUUUAUCAUAAAUGUAUUCAAGGAGACAUUUCUCACCUUCAGCAAAGAGAAUAGGGGUGGGGGGGGAAGCCUUCAGAAAACUCUAUAAAAGUGUUAAAGUGCGACUCUCUCCAAGGCCCCGCCCCUUCCAACGAAUAUGUCACCCCUGGAGAGAUUUCACGGGAGGCCUUUCACGCUCUGUAAGUUAACGUUGCUGGGGAUGCCCUUCCUGCUAUUUUGACAUCACAGGGCUAUGCCAGGCACAGCAUUUGGAAUGUGUACAGACUCCUCAGUUACCGAGUUGGCAGCAUGCUAUCUCGAGCUGCAGAUCAAAGCCCGAAGCUGUUCUCGUCUGGCAUUUGAAAAUAAACAGUUGAACAAAUCUCCAGCUUAUCUCCUUCUACACUGAUGCUCCACUCACAGGUUGGGACACACGACGCAAUUGUUUAAAAUGCUGGCAAAGCCGUUAGUGAGCUAAGAGAAGCAGAUCGGCGGCAUAUGUUCUCCUCAAGCCAUCUGCUCAUGACGUCACCCGUGACUAACUGCGUGAGAGAUGGGAUUUACUGACAUUCGUUCAGUGAAUUCACCAGGAGUCACAAGCCCAUGUCCUACCGAGUCCAGAGAGACGGCAUAAAUAGAUGAACCUGAAGGGCCGAGGCCCCGUAGCCACUAAGCACAGCCUGCCCUUUGAAGGAACCAGCCCCUCAUUAGCUACCGCCGUUGCGGCCACACAGGACCCAGCACCGCUGCCAGCCAGUGUUCUGACAUUUGAACAGAAGUCAGACAGCUGCAACUUUAUAACUCUGCAUUCUUAAGUGUUGACAAUUAAUCAAUGUCUAACCUAGAUUUUUUUUUUUUUUUUUUUUUUUUUUUUUUUGUCCUACAAACGUCUGCUAGCCAAAUUGUGAACUUCCGAUUUCCAUCUCUGGGGAAAGUUCUAAUUGUGCCAGGUGUCCUUAGGAAAUGAUGACAUCAAAGUCAGGUCUCUCGUGAAUGCCUUAUUCAGUUCAGCUCAACAGGAGAAAUUUCUUAAACCUUUGACAUUUACCAGGUUACUAAACUAGUCAGAGUCCCUUUUGAGGAUGUGACAUAGGGUAUUUGGAAAGCUGAUCAGUUUGAUACAGUUACAAACCAGGGCACUAUGCCAAAUGCCAGCCAAGAUCUCAGAGAAUGGGAACACCCAGAAACACACAGAGGAAAAGAAAGAGGUGAAGAAAUGACUGAGAGACGAGAGAGGCAGCCAAGAGCAAACACAGCCUAGGGCGGCUCCUGUUGGAUCCAUGUUCACAAUUGCUCUGUGUCCCUGAAGUCUGAAUAUUUUGAACAUAUGGCAAAUGCUAUCCUUUCUAUUACAAAUGUUAUAAUGCUAACAGUUCUCUCAAUAACUCAUUUUAGUUUGGAAAACACUUCUAAGAGUCGAUGACAGCUUCAACGAAUAGAACCCAUCCUGAAACCUUGCCUGGAAGAACCUCCUAAGACAUUACAUAUUUGAUCAUAAUUAUAUGAACAUAAAUACUUUUUUCUUUUUUUCACGUUAAAGCAUCAGUAUAUAACCCAGGCUGACCUUGAACUCUCAGUCUUCCUGCCUCAGCCUCCUGGGUGCUGGGUAACGUGUGCAUCACCAUACCCAGCUGAAAACGUACCAUUGGGAUGUGUUUUCUGUUUUGUAAAAGCCUUUGCACGUCCUUGUUUGAUCCUUAAAAUAUGAGACUUACAAAAGGCAAGAAGUUUUACUGCCAUUUUUUCCCAGUGAAAAUACUGCAGCUCAAGUAAUCAAAGACAUUAACAAAGUCAGUGCUCUUGAGAGAAAAGAAAGCUACUAUUCUGUCAGACCAAGCUGAUAGAUCCCUAGACGGCAUGCUUGCAAGGGGACAGGGUAUGUAUUGGGCAGGGAGAAAUUAAGUGAGCAGCGUCACUCACAGUAUAGUCUACAGAGGGACUGCAUUUUUGCAGGUGUUGUCGCUGCUGAUAAGGUGGCAGUGUGGUUUCAUUUAGGGUGACAGGUGUGUGACACGUUGCUCAAAAUUUCAAACUCGAGAUCUGGCAUCAUGACUACCUAAACAUCCUUAGUGACUGUGACCCUUCCUAGCCGCACUAUGGGGAUAAUUCAAAUAUUCUUUAUCUCUUAUGUCUUUAUCAUAUUCUCUCAUAGAGAACCAUGACAACUAAGGAGGAAUUAUGGUGAGGUAUUUAGAAAAGUACUAUCUAGACACACUAUAUGUGUGCUGCAAGACUUGGACAUUACUGCUAGCUACAUGCGCUAUGAGAUAUAUGAGCAAGACAAAGAAUAUUUUGAGAGAUAUAUUAUAAAUAGAGAAUCUAUAUUGAAUUAAAUAGAAUAUGAGUUUCGAAAGAUAAAAGUAAAAUCACUGGGGUCUGAAGCGAUAGCUCAGUGGCUAAGACCCCAUGCAGCUCUUUCGGGGGACCCUAACUAAGUUCCCAGAACCCACAAUGUGUGGCUAACAGUUGCCUGUAACUCACACUCUAAGUAGUCUGACACCUUUAUCUGGACUCCUUGGGCACCCACUCUAACCUGUUCACAGUCCCACACACUGAUACACAUACAUGCACAUAACUUUAAAAGUAAAAAAAAAAAAGGUUUUAAAGGUAAAACUAUUCAUUG